AUGCAUGAAUUAUUGCUCUAUGGCCAGGUGCCCCUCGAGCGCCAUGAUCAGGUCCUCAAGAUCCUCGCUGGCAUUGCUGCAAUGCAGCCACAGACUCUUUUCGAGAGACAUUUGAUCUACAGACCCAUGCGCUCAACCCAGGAUAACAAGCCCAACAAAAAGUUCCCAAAUAAGCCUGUCAAGCCUCAAACUCUCACAUUCCAACAUCUCGUCCGUCAACUCGACCAGUCCGAGUUCGGCAAAGACUCUCCUAUCCUGCACGAAUCUGAGAACAAUGAAACCGCCAGCCAGCUUGUGUGUCCAUGGAGAAUCCAGACACAAGAAACACCUGAACCCGAGACCAAAACUCUCGUUCUCCGUCAAGCAACAGAUGUAACGUUGGACCACGAUCAACUACGCAAGUUUCUCGAUCCUGCCAACAAUGGGUAUCUCUCCUCUCUUUAUGUACAUUCACUUCCAGUCUCUGACUUUCUUAGGUUUGUAAACGAGUUUAUCAUCGAAGGCCACAGAUUCGUGCACAAGAACAUGGUACUUACAUUGUUCCGUCUCUUACGUGAAAGUGAGAUACCCCAACAGACACCCUUGACUGCGCUACCUACCUUGGGUUCCCUUAAACCUUUGGACGUCAGUGGUGCAUUCGUUCUCGAGGCGUGCGUUCGUAUUGAUGAUCGUACGAAACCCAAUUUGGUGUCGACCGCCUCCGACGAACUGGGUGCGUUUAGAGAUCUGAUGAAGGGCUCUGUUGAUAUGAAGGUGCCUGAGAGAUUGUCACUCGAUACUCGCGUUCGAUGA